CUGUCUUUUAACUCUCACCCAGAUCUCUCUCCACUGCUCUAAUUCUUUCGGACAACGACAAACACACUGCUCUAAUGACGGUUCUUCCGACAUGGAUUUUAGCUAUGACGUGUCUAUUCUUCUUCGUCAGAGCAAUAGAGAACAAAACACACGACAAGAUCUCAUCUCUCUCCAGAUCGUACGAAUGGAACAAACACGCAGUGACGAAUCCAGAUGAAGUAGCGGACGAAGUUCUCGCCUUGGUUGAAAUGAGUGUAAGAAACCAUACCGAGAGGAGGAAGCUAGGUUACUUUACUUGCGGAACAGGCAACCCAAUCGACGAUUGCUGGCGAUGCGAUCGCAACUGGCACAAGAACCGAAAACGCCUAGCGGACUGCGGAAUCGGGUUUGGAAGAAACGCGAUCGGUGGUCGCGACGGGCGUUUCUACGUAGUCACUGACCCAAGUGACCACGACGCUGUCAACCCUAGACCGGGUACGUUACGUCACGCCGUUAUUCAAGACCGACCGCUGUGGAUCGUUUUCAAACGUGAUAUGGUGAUUCAGCUAAAACAAGAGCUCAUCGUUAACAGCUUCAAAACCAUCGACGGGCGCGGCGCAAACGUUCACAUCGCUAACGGCGGUUGCAUCACGAUUCAGUUUGUGACGAACGUCAUAGUCCAUGGAUUGCAUAUUCAUGACUGUAGACCGACCGGGAACGCUAUGGUGAGAAGCUCGGAGACGCACUAUGGGUGGAGGACUAUGGCGGAUGGUGACGCGAUUUCGAUCUUUGAAUCGAGUCAUGUUUGGAUUGAUCACAACUCGCUGUCUCAUUGUGCUGAUGGGCUAGUGGAUGCAGUCAUGGGCUCGACGGCCAUUACCAUCUCUAACAACCACAUGACUCACCACAACGAGGUUAUGUUGCUCGGACAUAGUGAUUCUUACACUAAGGAUAGAGCUAUGCAAGUUACCAUUGCUUAUAACCAUUUUGGGGUCGGACUUAUUCAAAGGAUGCCGAGGUGUCGACAUGGUUAUUUCCAUGUCGUGAACAAUGACUACACUCACUGGGAGAUGUACGCCAUCGGUGGAAGCGCAAACCCUACAAUAAACAGUCAAGGAAACCGCUACGCCGCUCCUAAAAAUCCUUUUGCUAAAGAGGUGACAAAAAGAGUGGACACACCAGCGAGUCAUUGGAAGGAAUGGAACUGGAGAUCGGAAGGAGAUUUGCUUCAGAACGGAGCUUACUUCACUUCUUCAGGAGCCGCUGCAUCUGGUAGCUACGCACGUGCCUCUAGCCUCGCGGCUAAAUCUUCUUCAUUGGUUGCAACCAUUACUUCUGACGCUGGAGCUCUACCUUGUCGUAGAGGACGGCAAUGUUCCUCAUAGUUGAUUUUAACAUCCUCCCAACACCGUUUACCCCCAAAAUUUAAAACCAUCUUCCAUUUUUAUUCAGACAAGAGUGUGCAUUCUCACACGUUUGUCAUCUAAAUCCUUUUUUGUGUGUGUUGUGUCGAUUUUUCUCAACCUCGGGUUUGCUUUGCUUCAACAGCAAUCUAGCGCAAGAAAAGGGGUAGAAAACCAACCUUUCUUCAUGUAAAAUAGAAACUCCCGUAGUGUUGUUGGUUCUGUCUGAUCAACUCAGAUUGUUCUUCUUUUGUCUAUGUCAUCUACCUAGAAAAAAAAACAAGAACAUUAUGUCUUGUUUAUAUUUCGUGUGUUCUUCAGGUUUAUAAUUUAAUAUAGGAACUAGAUGAUUUGUGAAUC